CAGGGCCUGCAGGACCCAAGAGGUCGCAAGGUAUACCAGGAAAUAGAGGUCCUCAAGGUCCCCGUGGCAAAAUGGGGAAUAAUGGUACAAAAGGUGAUAGAGGUGCACCUGGACCACGUGGGAUAAAAGGUGAUCCUGGUGAUAUCAUGAAAUCAAAAGAAGGUAAGAUCGAUAUUUGUUUGUUUCUCUGUUUCUUUCGACGUGUGUAUGUUUGUUUGUUUAAGUGUACAGCGCUAUUCAGGGUUCGGUGUUCCACAUGUUCAGUCACAUUUCACUGUCCUUCUAUAGCUCCACCGAAGAUAACAACCCACCCUCCCAAAAUCAUAUUCAUCAACGAAGGCGUCAACCUGACCUUAAACUGUACUGCCAUCGGCUACCCUCUACCCUCAGUGAGCUGGCUGAAAGACGACGCCUCUCUACUUGGGACUCAGCUGUUUCCAGAACGUGGAAAAGGAACGAGACUUCAUUUCACGAAGAUCACCUAUGACAGAAAAGGGAAGUAUACAUGCCUUGCAAGGAAUUCAGUGGGAAUGGCCAGUUUUGAUGUGAAAAUUAUCUUCAAAGGUAAGGCAGGAAUUUAUAUAGCAUGGUAUUACAAAGUCAGAAGAGCAGUAUAAGUUUUGUCCAACAAGCUGCUAUGGUUUGUGUCAGAACUACCUGAAAAAGGUAGUAUUCUACAAUAUAAACAAACUUUCGUAGGUAGGGAUGCAACUACUUGAAAAUAUAAGAAGAAUUUCGACGUUUCGAGUGAAGGCCCUAGUAACUCCAGACGGGCCUCCGCUCGGAAUGUCGAAAUUCUCCUUAUAUUUUUCAGGUAGUUGCAUCCCUACCAACAAAAACUUGUUAACAUUUUUGGCACUACCUCCACUGGCACACACAGUUCAAGAUUAUAUUCUACAAUAAGCAGGCAUAGUGAACUACCUGAAAAAUACUUCGAUGCCCUUUCGUGAGGAGAUCAGUAGUGUGAACGAAGGCCUCUGUUCGAUACGUUGAAAUGUGUAUUUUUUUAAUCUUUUUUAAUCCAAAGGAAUCGAAGAGGUUCUCUGGUUACCCUCUUACUAGAACUCUAGGGAGAACAGUUUAGUAGUAACAGAGCUAUCCACCAUAAAUAAAGUUAGUUUAGUUCAAAUGCUCUUUUUAUUAAUAUUUUUCAGUACCACCAAAGCGACUUAGCUUGCUGGAAACAGUCGCUUAUAAAGAGUACGCAGUUAAUCUACAAUGUCCAGUAGACUCAUAUCCCCCAGCAAAAGUCAGAUGGAUCAAGCCUGGCAAUACAUUAUCGAAUGGGGAUGUGUCUGUGGUGAACAAUACGCUCAAUAUUAGGCACGUGAAAGAGAAACAUGAAGGAGUGUAUCUGUGUCAAGCAAAGAAUAUGUUUGGAUCAACUUUUACUGCAUUAUCUGUAAAAGUGAGAAAUGAAGGUAAAUAACAGAAAAAAACUUGCAACAUAUAAUGGCAACACAAAUGGCAGCUUCAGUUUUGGCAGUUUGUACUACCAGCAUAAACAACAAAAGGAACAACAGUAGCAGCAAUAACAACGACGGUGACAACUACUAGUCUAAUU